UUUUUCUCUGACACAUAAAAGGCUCUGGGAUGAGGACAGGCCUGUCCUGUUGACCUUCACAGUCAUGAUGGGUAAGAUCAUCUUCUACGAGGGCAGGAAUUUUGAGGGACGCCACUAUGAGUGCAGUGGUGACUGCACUGACAUGCACUCCCACUUCUCCCGAUGUAACUCCAUUCGAGUGGACAGUGGGUGCUGGAUGGCCUAUGAGAAGCCUAACUUUUCUGGAUACCAGUACAUGCUGACAAGGGGGAAGUACGCUGACCACCAUCGCUGGUCCGGCUUCAACGACUGCAUCCGCUCCUGUCGCAUAAUCCCAGCUUACAAUGGAAACUACAGGAUGAAGAUCUUUGAGAGAUCAGACUUUGGGGGAAAGAUGAUGGAGCUGAGUGACGACUGCCCCAACCUGCAGGACCGCUUCCACCGGAGAGACAUUUCCUCCUGCAAUGUUAUGGAGGGCUACUGGAUCCUCCACGAGCACCCAAACUACAGGGGCCAUCAGUACUUCCUGCGCCCUGGCGAGUACAACAAGCAUAGUGACUGGGGCAGCAUGAGCUCUACCAUUGGCUCGGUGCGUCGCGUCACAGAGCUGAAGCAAAACAACCAAUAAAGUGGUCUCUAGAUCGCUCUGUCUAGCCAGGCUGACUGACAGCCUGCAUUGGCUCGGUGCGUCGCGUCAGAGCUGAAGCAAAACAACCAAUAAAGCGGUCUCUAGAUCGCUCUGUCUAGCCAGAUCUGUCUGACAGCCUGCAGAAGUCUAUACAUAUGUAGAGGGGAUGCCAACAUGAGUCAAUCUCAGAAUAUGGUUGAUAUCAGGGAAUAAGGAGAUUGUCCUUUAGUAAUUAGACCACUUACUGAGAAUAUGGCUGGGCUGAAGAAAGCAAGCAGUGGAUUGGAAUCCUGAUGUAGAUUUGUAUACAAGAACAUUUAAAGGGCUUUAUGCAGACAGUCGUCAAUUUAUACAUACCAUUUCCUCACAUUGAAUAAUAAACCAGUGGACUGAAGGGACAGUAUAUUUAAUUGUGUCACUAAUGCAGCAUGCAGCAGCAAAGACAGUUGCAAUUUCUUCCAACUGAGCCUGCUUAAAUUGUGUUUUUUAAAACAUUAUUCUGACCUAUACCGAAACACGUGAACUUCAUGUGUCUAUGACAAAGUAACUUUGUUAACUUGUCAAUGUAGCACUGUUUGGAAUAUAACAAAAUCUUACCAGUUGAUGUAUGUGGUGUGAGACAAUACAAUGUUGGUGUGUUGACGUUCACUACAAGUAAAUCAAGUUUGAGCAAUCAGGUAUCAAUCACAAUAAUUAUUCAUAUCAACAAAAAACAAA